GCCGUCCGCUCGUCUGGCGUCUGUUCAAUCACACGCAGAUAGCGGCAGGUUGUGCGGCCCUCACCAGUCUCCUCCACCAGCCGUCCGCCAUCAACGUCGUUCGUCUUCACAGCGAUGACGAAUACGCACAACGCAGGGAAGGGGAAAAGGGGGAGGGAGUCUAAUCAGGGCGAAACUGCUACCGCCGUAAAGCGGGAGAGGCAUCAGGCGAAGAAGGCGAAGGCAUCAGGCGGCGGCGCCCUGGUAAUUGGCAGGGCCACGCGGGAAGAGUGGAUCACGGAGGGCAGCAACAACGAGGACGACGAUUUCGAAUCGGAGGCGGACACGUUUCAUGGCGUCAAAGGGAGCUCGAGCGAACAAACCGCCGCGCGAAUGAUCAGCGGAGAUGAAGGGGGGAAAGGCGGUAUCGAAGGGGGAGGCUUGAACGUCACGCGUGGUGACAACGACGCAGGGGGCGACGUGGCAGCUGCUGGUGGUGACAGGGACGAUCGGGGCCUCCAAUUGACCCCGACGACGCGCAACCCCGUGCAAGCAAGGGACGUCCCCGCGGCGCAUGACAUUGGCAGACAGCAGCCGCUGCGGGCGUCGUCGACCCAGGCGACGCCAGCAGCGGGACAGGCGAGAAGGGAGGAGGGGGCGGCGGUGACUGCAGCAAGCAGGCCCCAGCCCCCCGCGCGCAGCGGGGCGAAGGAUGUCGCGGCGGCGGGUGCCAUUGCGGGCACGUCGACGAGGGGAGCGGGAGGAGGCGGGGGCAACGGCCGUGAUGGUGAUGAUGACGACGAUCCGCUCAUCAACAGGCAGAGGCGAACGGAAGGCGUGGCGGCUCUGGAGACGAAAGCACGGCUGUGGGUCGACGAUCAUUGUUUCUGGAACGAGACGGAGGGGCAUGGGCUGGUGAAGAUGAUACAGGAAACUCGCCUGCACCUCCUGGCCAUCGCGAAGGGUGUGAAGCCGCCGGAGAUCAGAAAAAGCAUCGUGCUGCCUAACUCCACGAUCCCUCUGCAGAAGAUGGAAGACGAGUCCGAGCUGCAGGCCGCCAAGGAGAGGGCUGGGAGGGUGCAGACGAUAGCGUUGCGCAUCAUCCACGUGUGGCUCUUCAAGUCCCCCAAUCGCGCACGCGGUUAUCACUGCGCGUACGGGUAUGUGCUCAACCACGUGGCCACAGACCUGGGCGGCGCCAUCUGGUUGGGAGAGGACUGGCGUGUUUGCGUCAGUCCCGCUGUCGUCCACAACACUUUGGAGGCUCGUAUGAAGCUCCCCACAUGGUAUGUUGGUGGCAUCAUACACGACAGGCACGAGGACGACGAGAUGGUGUCGUAUCAAGAGUCCACAACGCAGCGUCUCGUCGGAGCUUUCACUAAUGUUGUUGACGUGGGGGAGGGGGUGGACGGCGGGCCGAUUUCGUAUGAGAGGUUGAGGAACGUCGCGGACUGCAUGUGCCUUUUGCUGUCAGCCGCCAUGUGGAUCAUGCGGAUGGCGGGUGAUAAUCUGCGCUCUCACUACGAGGCCUCCCAUCUCAUGGAGGUAGCCGCGAAACCGACACUCAUUGCGUCGCUUCAUCGCUCGUUCGACGCGCGGCGCCAUGUUCUGCAGUGCGUGAACGUCGUGACGGAGAAAAUGGGAAAGCCCCCAAUGACGUUGGUGGACUCUCCUUUGUACAUCCCCGACUGGGUUUCUUGCCGGGUGACUUUCAACAACGACGCGACGUUGGCGUCUCCCGAUCUCGCCAGGAGACUGGAUUGGAUGGGCACCGGACCACCCGAGAUCGACGACGAAGAGGAGGAGAAGGCAGACGAGGGGGAGGCCGACGAUGAUGAUGAUGGCGACGAUGAUGACGGAGGCGGCGACGUUCAGACCAACAAUGCUGAUGAUGAAGACGGCACCGACGAUGAUGAUGAUGGUGCUGACGACGACGAUAACGAAGAUGGUGAUGAUGAUGAAGACGACGAUGAUGAUGGUGAUGAUGAUGAUGAUGAUGAUGAUGAUGAUGAUGAUGAUGAUGAUGAUGAUGAUGAUGAUGAUGAUGACGACAAAGACGACGACGACGAUGAUGACGACGACGACGAUGAUGAUGAUGAGGAUGAUGACGAGGAUGAUGAUGAUGAUACUGAUGAUGAUGACAAUGACGAUGAUGAUGAUGAUGAUGAUGAUGAUGAUGAUGGCGACGGUGAUGAUGAUGACGAUGAUGAUGAUGCCGAUGAUGAUGAUGAUGGUGAUGAUGGUGAUGAUGAAGAUGAUGAUGCCGAUGAUGAUGAUGACGAUGAUGAUGAUGACGAUGAUGAUGAUGAUGAUGAUGAUGAUGGCGCAGACGGCCGUGUUCGGUAGUCGUCUACUGUGAGGACCGGUGCUCAUACACGUCGUCGCCAGAUCCCUCGGGCUUUCCGCAACCCAGUGCAUUGUAGCUUUUUUUAGUGGACCACCGUUUUUGGCACACCAACGUAGAAUUUUUUUUUGAUGUUUAUGUACAGUGCCGUGUGCUUUAUAAUUUGGAAACGUGCUGUUCUACUUUCCCUCUCUUCAGCCCGGUUCGACACUUCCUUUCUUUUGUGUUGGCAUGCUUCCCGAACGCAAACUGAUCGAUCCUUCCCUUCCUUCGUAUAUUGUAUAUUUUAUUUCUAUUUAUUUUUUGUUUAUUUUGUUUGGAGUUUUUUUUUUUUUUUAUGCUUCACUUGUUUUCGGAAUUGUUUGUGAACAUAAAUCUGCGAUGACCAUUGAUCAGUGCCGUUUGCAUAUCGUUGUAUUUUAUCACAACACGCACUCAUACACCAAACACUGGCAACCCUAAGACGAAGAGGCAGACGAAUGAAGGCAGACACAAAAC